AUGGGCUUGGAGUCCCCAAUCGCUGGCUCAGUGACCUUGGAGGCCAUCCGCCCCUACCUAGUCCGCUGGGUUAACCGGCGACACGGGACACUGUCCUUUAGAUUGGUGCAGGUGCUCACCGUACAUGGAUGCUUUGGUGAGUACCUGCAUCGCGCGGCGGGUCGGGAAGCGACUCCUGUCUGCCACGAAUGCGGCGCACCCGUCGAUUCGGCGUGGCAAACCCGGACGGAAUGUGCGGCUUGGGGCCCUCAGCGGCACUCCCUGACUGCCGUAGUGGAAGGAGAUCUCUCGCUGCCAACAAUCGUGGGCGCAAUGCUCAGCAGCGAGAGGUUCUGGGAGGCUAUGGUAGCAUGGUAG